CGGAGCGUGAGGGAGGCGUCGGGCGGCGUUGGCAGGUCCCUGAGGAAACCCGUUCUUCCGCCGCGGAUCCGCAUCCUUCUCCCCCUCACCAGGCCGAGUCGCGUUCCCGGGACCAGUCGGUGCCCCAUAGAUGGCCAGCUUUCCCCCGAGGGUCAACGAGAAUGAGAUCGUGAGAUCACGGACUAUAGGAGAACUUUUAGCCCCGGUAGCUCCUUUCGACAAGAAAUCUGGGCGUGAAAACUGGACGGUUGCCUUUGCUCCGGAUGGGUCUUAUUUUGCCUGGUCACAAGGACAUCGCACUGUGAAGUUGGUUCCGUGGGCCCAGUGCCUUAAGAACUUUUUGUUGCCCGGCUCCACCAAGAAUGUCACCAAUUCAAGACUCUCAAGACAAAAUAGCGACGGUGGUCAAAAGAACAAGCCUUGUGAGCACGUCAUAGACUGCGGAGAUAUAGUCUGGAGUCUCGCCUUUGGGUCUUCGGUACCUGAGAAGCAAAGUCGUUGCGUGAAUAUAGAAUGGCAUCGAUUCAAGUUUGGUCAGGAUCAGCUCCUCCUCGCAACGGGGUUAAACAAUGGGCGUAUCAAGAUAUGGGAUGUGUAUACAGGAAAGCUCCUCCUUAACCUGAUGGACCACGCUGAAGUAGUAAGAGAUUUAACUUUUGCCCCAGAUGGCAGCCUGAUCCUAGUGUCAGCUUCAAGAGACAAAACUCUAAGAGUAUGGGACCUGAAAGAUGAUGGAAAUAUGAUGAAGGUGUUGAGGGGACACCAGAACUGGGUGUACAGCUGUGCGUUCUCCCCCGACUCGUCCAUGCUGUGUUCGGUUGGAGCCAGUAAAGCAGUUUUUCUUUGGAAUAUGGAUAAAUACACCAUGAUAAGGAAACUAGAGGGGCAUCACAAUGAUGUUGUAGCUUGUGAGUUUUCUCCUGAUGGAGCACUACUGGCUACUGCAUCUUAUGACACGCGAGUUUAUGUCUGGGAUCCAUACACUGGGUCCAUCCUGAUGGAAUUUGGGCAUCUGUUCCCCCCUCCGACUCCAAUAUUUGCUGGAGGAGCAAACGAUCGUUGGGUGCGAUCUGUAUCUUUUAGUCAUGAUGGACUACAUAUCGCCAGCCUUGCCGAUGAUAAAAUGGUGAGGUUCUGGAGAAUCGAUGAAGAUUAUCCAGUGCAAGUUGCACCUUUGAGCAAUGGCCUUUGCUGUGCCUUUUCUACUGAUGGCAGUGUUUUAGCUGCUGGGACACAUGAUGGGAGCGUAUAUUUUUGGGCCACUCCAAAGCAGGUUUCCAGUCUCCAACACUUAUGUCGUAUGGCGAUCCGGAGGGUGAUGCCCACCUACCAAGUCCAGAAGCUCUCUCUCCCUUCCAAAGUGGUGGAGUUCCUCUCCUACCAGUCUUAGAAGGCUCACAGAUUUCCAGUGUUCUCGAAACUGGCAGAACCCAUUUUACAGAAACCUCAAGCUGUUCAGGCAUUUAAGCAUCCAGAAGAUUUAUUUAAAUUUGAUACGUCCUUGUCCUGCAUUUUGACCAGGUGGAGUUUUUUAAAUAUUAUUUAUAGACCACGGUAGGAGCGUUUCAGAAGAUCUCAAAUGUACAAGUUUUUUUUUUAUCUAACUGAAAACGUGUACAUAUUUAGACAAGCUGCUACAUAAGUGUACCCAUUUAUUGCUUUCCUAAUUUUUAGUGUGUAUCGUGUACAUAUUGCUUAAGUAGAGCCAUAGUAUGUAUCUUUGCUGUAAAGGGAAGGAGCUUUUAUUCCGGGACACUAAGUUAGUACAUUUUGACUUAGAGCUGAAUUGCCCUCCUCAUAAGAUGUAUUAGCUGGGGAGUUGGAAAACUGACCCACAAGUAAAACACAUGUUUAGGUUUGUGGAGGGGAAAAUUUUUUUGCAUUCCUUAGGAAGAGUGUGUGAGAGGAGAAGAAAGGGGUUGAAGACGAUGAAUUAAGUAUAGAACGGAUCCGAGACUGUGACUAGUAAACAAGUAGGUUUUUGUCUGACAAGAACUGCAGGCCUUAAUUUUAGAGAGCAACGUGUAAUUCCAUCCCCGCGUGGUUGGAAGUAUUCCAGAUCUGAAUCGAUUCCAAAAACUAUCUACUGUACUAUUGCCUAGAAUUUGGUCUGUGAUGUAAGAUGCCUUUUUUUUCCCCUCUUUCCGAAUACCCUGGUUUUUGUUUUCUGUACCUUAUUGUUUCUGCAGGGGGUGAUAUUGGUGAAUUGCCAAAGAUAAGCAAUAUGUUUGCUUUUGCCUUCUGUAAUUUAUCUGUACCUGCAGAUAAGAAUGUAUGCAUUAUGUAAAAUGCCUGAUGAUAUAUUUUUGUUGAAUAUUUUUAUUAAAGACUUGAACAAAACACCUGGACCGAUCGAGCGGGGGUGUUCAGUUUU